AUGAGUCGGACCAAGAGAUGGAGAGAUGGGAAUUAUGAUCUCCAUUUCUCGGAAAGCUCUUUGAAUCUUGAGACUGGGGGAACGAUUAUGGAUUCUUGGGAUUACGGGUCGAUCUUGUGGGUAGCCACUGGGGAACGAUGUCUUGGCUUUGAAGUGGAAAGUGCCGGAAUCAUCGAGUGUGCUUGUGCUGCUCCACAACUUGCUGUCGACAACUUCCGAAAAUUCGUUAAA